CCCCUACUCUUAGCUGGUUGUAACAGCAUCGUCUCUGAGUUACAAACGUUAAAGGGAAAACUAUAAAUUCUCCGCUGUACUGCGUACUGAGUAAGUACUAGUAGCCUAUAUAAGAAAUCACAUUAUUACAUAAUAUUUAAAAACUGCCCCGAACUCAACAGAAGCUCGAAGCCCUUACCAAGAUGGCCGCCGUUCCGGAUCGUGAGCUUUACUGAGGCGCAGCUUCCGCUCGCGACUCCUCCUUUGUCUGAGUCCUUUCGGUCCUCCGCCUAGUUAUUUAUUUAUUUCCUUUUCGUUUGUGGGGUAUAUUUUUAUAUAUCCUUAUCUCUCGGUUAUUGAAUGACAUUCGAUUCCGACACAUAUAUGCCUAAAAGCAAAGCCCCCAAAAUGGAUGAUCUGGACUACAUCCCAGCGGACCUGAGCCCAGAGGAGCGCUCCGAGCUGGAGGAGAUCCGGCGCAGGAAAGGAGCGCUGCUUCUGGAGAUCCAGCGACUGAAAGAGGAGCUGAGAGAAGCCAUUAUAGAGGUGGAGGGGCUGGAGAGCAGCACAGAGGGCAGUAAAACAUUACAGAAGAGUCGGCAUGUGGCCAUGGGCAGGAAGAAAUUCAACAUGGAUCCGAAAAAGGGCAUUGUAUUCCUAGUGGAGAAUGAGCUUCUUAGACACACUUCAGAGGACAUUGCCCAGUUUCUGUACAAAGGAGAAGGACUCAAUAAAACUGCAAUAGGAGACUAUCUGGGUGAAAGAGAUGACUUCAAUAUUAAAGUAUUGCAAGCUUUUGUUGAUCUCCACGAAUUCACGGAUCUGAACUUGGUACAAGCACUGCGGCAGUUUCUGUGGAGCUUCCGCUUGCCCGGCGAGGCUCAGAAGAUCGACAGGAUGAUGGAGGCGUUUGCACAGAGAUACUGUCACUGUAAUCCUGGAGUCUUCCAGAGCACAGACACCUGUUACGUGCUGUCGUUUUCCAUCAUCAUGUUGAACACCAGUCUGCACAACCCCAACGUGAGGGACAAGCCCACGGUGGAGCGCUUCAUCAGCAUGAACAGAGGCAUCAACGACGGAGGAGAUUUACCCGAGGAGCUGCUGAGAAAUCUGUAUGACAGCAUCAAGAAUGAGCCCUUCAAGAUCCCAGAGGAUGAUGGGAAUGACCUGACGCACACUUUCUUCAACCCUGACAGAGAAGGCUGGCUCCUCAAACUGGGAGGUCGUGUGAAGACAUGGAAGAGACGGUGGUUCAUUCUGACUGACAACUGCCUCUAUUACUUUGAGUACACAACAGAUAAGGAGCCCAGAGGCAUUAUACCGUUGGAGAACCUGAGCAUUCGAGAGGUCGAAGAUCCCAGAAAGCCAAACUGUUUUGAGCUCUACAUCCCUAAUAACCGCGGGCAGCUGAUUAAAGCGUGUAAGACGGAGGCCGACGGUCGAGUGGUGGAGGGAAACCACAUGGUGUACCGGAUCUCAGCUCCCACUCCGGAGGAGAAGGACGAAUGGAUCCACACCAUCAAAUCCGCUGUGAGCGUGGACCCCUUCUACGAGAUGCUUGCAGCCAGGAAGAAACGCAUUUCCCUAAAGAAGAAAGAAGAGCAGCCCUGAAAGUCCUCCAUUGCUCCUCAAUCCAUCCAUCCAUACGCUCCCUCCGUUCUCUGGGAAACCAAUGAUCCUUCAUUGAGGUAGCUCUCGUCCUCUCGUCAGAUCAAUCUGUUAUUCCGGUUUUAUGGAGAGACGGAUGAGCGUCAUCAUCUUCGGUUUGGAUUUCAGUGGUCUGGACUGCAUCAUUUAUCUCCACACUUCUCCUACACUUGCACACUACACAGUGUUAUUCACUAUCGCACUAGUCUGUACAGAUGCUCACUGUAUUAUGCUGACAUUCCCCAGGACUUCACAUAACAUUCAUAAACCUGCAUAAAUCUCCAUCCUCAUCUCACGCUCCCUCCGCUCUCACAGUUCCAGUUCCUGAUAUUUACAGCAUUUUACUGUGAAGUUCUUACACGAACAGAGUAGACGACCAAACAGCCCGAUGCAUUCGUCACCAUCACCAUCUUCAUCAGGGACGGAUCUAACCGAACCUUUAGCAGAGACGAGUGGGACGUUUCGUUAGUUCAGUCGCUGUUGAUUUACGGAGUCUGUCUUAACGUUAUUUUAUCUGACACUAUUUAUCUCGGACUCGUUUGAGUUUAUUUACAUGUCAUAAAUGAAGAUGAAGGUCAUUGCUAUUCACGCCACAUUUCGAGCGUUACUGAGUUACUGAGCGCGUCACUUCAGUUUACCUAUUAGUUACAUAUCACUUCAGCAUAUCUAUGAAACAGGAGAUGCGUUUUACACUAAUGUUGGUAUCGGCCGCGUGAUAAUCCCACCGGUGAUGUCAUUUCCUGUGCACAACUGCGUUAAACUUCACAUCUGUAGAAACGCACUUCAUUAUUUGUGAAUCCUUGAAUAAGCUCCUUCACCUUAAGAAAAGAGCCUUAAAUGUCCCGCAGUUUCUGAAUGUUCUUACACUAGUGUUUCAACUAAACUUACUAGGUUUAAACUCAACCACAGGGGCUGCAAAACUGUUCUUGGGGGGAAUCUCAUGAAAACAUGUCCAGAUUAUACCGCGCACACUAAGAAACAGAUUUUGUGUAAUAUAAAAAAUGUAUUUAUUUAUUAUUAUUUGGCAUUAUUUCCAUAACUAAGCACAUUUCCUCCUAGAUGCAUGCAGGCGUUUGGUGGAAUGAAAUCAAAUUUUUUUUAUUUCUCUGAAAUUUGGAACGAAAUUUGACUCAUGAUCUUGACCGAUUUGGUGAGAUUCGCUCUCUUACUCUUUCCUACUACAAGGAAAGACUACAUAAAAAAAGAAGAAAAAGAUGU